UCGAAAAUCGACGAUCUAGAAGCGCUAAUUUAAUGCUUUUCACUGACAAGUCAUGGAACAAUCAUGGAGACGUCUGCCUUGAAUUUGGCACAUGAAAAACAGAGAAGAGCAGAAGCAUUACUGCGUGAGGGGAAGUUUGAAGAAGCAGCAAAGUGUCACGAAACUGUGGCUGAUCUCCUAGAAGAGGCUCAUGCACAACUCGAAUCCAGCCUUAUACAUAUACAUGCACCUACAUUAUCCUCUCAAGAGACAGCAAAGUUUCUGACACCGAUUCAAUCGCUUGUUACUUUAGAAUCCCUCAGUCUGCAACGAGACUAUCAUAAAAGACAAGCAGCUGUUGUCAGAAUGAAACAAGUACAGUACGAAGAAUAUAAAACAACAUUAGAAAAUCAUCAAAAGGAUCUACUUAAUAAGCAUGUAGCUAAAUAUACUGAAAAAGAUAAUUGUACAAAUAUAAGGAUCGAUAAGUUUGAUGGUUCUUUACGUCAAGCUAUAUACAAAACAAUCGAUGAGCAAGAUAGCCUUUUAAGCUUAAUAUCUUUACCUGAUGCAGAAGAAAAAAGCUUUAAACAUCCCAAAGACACUGGUACUGUUAUAGAAGAACUCAGAACUGUCAACAGUCAGUUGCGAUCUCUUGUGGGAAGUUUACUUAGCCAAUUGGAAGCAAAGGAAGAAGAAGUGCGGCAGCUAACAGAACGUCUCUACGCAGUUUCUGUCAAUUCCAAUGAUAUUAGAUCUGAAGAACAUCCUUUGUGUCUCGCACCAUUACCACCUUUAACACCUCUUGAAAUGCCGCUUUUUGAUUUUACAUCUUCGUAAACUAUAAACUUUUCAUAUCUAAAAUUUAAAAAUGCAGAAAAAGUUAACAUUUGAAAAUUAUAACU